AUGGUUAUUAAUUGUUCAGUUUACAACUGUAAAAGCAGAUUUGAUAAAAGUAGUUUAAUUUCUUUUCACAGAUUCCCUUUAAAUGAUGAAAUUUUAUGUAAAAAAUGGGCAACAGCAACUAAAUGUUUACAAAUUACACCUAGUAAACAUAGUAGAAUCUGCAGUAAACAUUUUAAAUUAGAAGAUUUUGAGUGUCAAGAGAAUGGGAAACGUGUGCUGAAAAAAAAUAUUGUGCCUUCAAUAUUUGACUUUCAUGAAUCAUUGAACAAAAAUAACAAGCGAAAUCAGCUAUAUAAUGAUGAUACAUCACACAUUAAAAAAACAAUUUGUUCUAUCUCGAAUAAAGAGACAUUUAAGGAUUCAUCAUACAAAGAUUGCGCAUUAAUAUUUGAUUCUAUGCAUAUCAGGGCUGCUCUGCGGUAUGAUAAUGUUACUGGAUCAUAUGAAGGUUUUUCUAGUUUUGGAAACAAUAUUCUAGCCUAUGACCCAGAUAAAUUAGCAACAGAAGCACUUAUUUUUAUGGUUGUUGGAUUGAAAGGCCAUUGA